AAGAAACUUAAAUCUUGAUCCUCAUUUUUUAUUAAAUCAAAGAAGAAAAAUAUUUUCAGCCGUUAGAUCUUGUCUGCGUCGAUUGACUGUGUGAAGCCUCACUGCAGGCAAUCCAGAUCCGUGACACACUCCACCCUCGCUCUCGACUGUCACUCACCAAGUUCUUCAAACCCUAAUCGCGAGCGCUAUUUCCUCGGAGUUGUGGUGCGAUUCUGAUUCUCCCUAUUCUCUUGCACUUGUUUUUGUUAAUUUUUAAUUUGUUGUCCUGUUAAUUUGUUGGACGAAGGGUAAAGGUGUAGAUUGAAUUGGGUGCGCAUGAGUUUGGUGCUUGAUUUAUUGAAUGGUUAGUUUGUAUGAUUUUGUAAAACCACCAAAGACCAUUGUAACGGGUAACAAUCUGGUGCUUUCAUUUACCCUCAUGCCUCCUAAAACCACCAAAGACCUGGAAGAGGCCAUCCAAGCCAUGGCUGACAACCUCCUUCAAUACCAAAACCAGCAAGAGCAACGAUUGGAUCAACUUAAUUCUUCCAUGACUACACGUCAUGAUGCUCUUACCGGUGUCCUUUCUUCGUUGAUGGAUAAGGUGCCCGCCCCCUCCCUCCCCCAACAUAAUACAACCGCUGAUUCCUUGGGCUCUAUGGGGUUCGCUUCCCUUACCGUGUUCCAGGUAUCACCUUCUGGCACUCUCCAUAACUCCACACCUCCUGGUUUUGUUCCCCCUACCCAUGCCUUUUCCCCAUUUACACCGCCCCAUAUUUCACAUUCCACCGCCAACCCUUUUCACCAUUCACAACCUCCUACGUUUCACUCCCAACCUCACCCGCCUCCCUUACUGCUUCCCAAGCUCCAAUUACUUCCCUUUGAUGGUUCUUCCCCUCUCGAUUGGCUCUUUCAAGCGGAACAAUUUUUUGCAUUUCACCAUACACCUCCUGAGCAACGUCUCUCCAUGGUUGCUUUUUAUAUGACCGGUGAUGCCCUUUCUUGGUACAAAUGGCUCCAUCAGAAUAAUCAACUUUAUGAUUGGGAUUCUUUCACCCGCGCCUUGGAAUUACGAUUUGGACCCUCUACUUAUGAAAAUCAUAUGGCUGCUCUUUUCAAGUUGAACCAAACAGGGUCAUUGGCUGAUUACCAACUUAAUUUUGAACGCCUCUCCAACAAGGUUUUUGGGUUGCCCCCUGAAGCUCUCCUUAACAACUUUAUUUCCGGUCUCAUUCCAGAGAUUCGGGUUGAACUAGCCCUACUACGGCCUCUUAAUGUGUCUCAAGCCAUGGGACUUGCUAAAUUGGUGGAGGCUAAACUCAAAGAUUCCAAACCUAAUCCCAAUCCUAAACCAUUUUCCAAAGUUCACUCUCCUUCCCUUAACCCUACCACCACACCCUCCCAAUCCCUUUCCUCUUCCACCACAACCUUACCCGUUAAGAAAGUCACCCCCUCCCAACUACAAGAGAGGCGCACUCUUGGCUUAUGCUAUUAUUGUGAUGAAAAAUACCAUAGUGGCCACCGUUGUCAACCCAAACAGUUUCAUCUCCUUUUGGUUGAUGAGGAGGAUUGCUCAUUCCCUACUUUUUCUCCCACCUCACCAUCAAUACCCCUUCCUUCUUCCCCCAACAGACCCCCCUCUCAUCCAUCUCCAACUUUCUCCACAAGCCCUUAA